UCGUGAGGAAGAGUUUGUGUAAAAUGGCACCGCACAGAGAUAUUGGUUGGGAUCAUGCUACUCCUAUCAGCAAUGAUAGAAAACAAGCAAAAUGCAAUUAUUGUGGUAAAAUUGUUCACGGCGGAAUUACUAGGAUGAAACAACAUAUAGCACAUGUUACAGGUCAAGUUGAAGCAUGCACGAGAGCUCCAAAAGAAAUAAGAGAGUUAUUAAAAAAACACUUGAUCCAAGGAAAAAGUAUGCGAGCAGCACAUAAAAAAAAGUUAGAAGCAUUGCAAAAUUCCAUUCGUUUGGAAGAUGAUUCUGAUGAGGAAGAAGAUGAAGUUUUUGAAAUAAAUGAAGAUGAGAUAGAUGCUCUUGAAAGAAAACACUUAAAAAGAGCAAUGGCUGAAAGCAGAAAUAUGGAAUUUAUGGAGCAGCAGCGUAGACAUUCUGUUUCCGGAGAUCUACCAAGCUUGAAUUUUAAAGCCGGAGGAAGCAGCUCGAAUACAAAAGGAAGUAAAAGAAAUUUUUUCGAAAGCUCUAUGAAAAAGACAGAAGGUUUGCAUCAAAAAAAACUUGAUCCAUACAUGUUUCAAUCGAAGAAUAAGUCUUUGAAAAAUAUGUUUUCAAAAGAUAAUGCAAAAAAAGUGGGUAGAGCAAUUUCGAAAUUUUUUCAUUUUAAUGCAAUACCAUUUCACGCUGCCGAUAGUGGUCCUUACUACCAAACGAUGAUUGACACGAUUGCAUCGGUUGGACCUGGAGUUAAAGGACCUACUGGUAAACAAAUUGGUGGUGAAUAUUUAAACGAGGAGAUGCAAGAAGUUGUACAGUAUAUUGAUUCUUUAAAGCAGAAAUGGAAAACAUACGGAUGUACAAUUAUGUGUGAUGGUUGGAGUACUCGUACAAAACAUCCAAUCAUAAAUUUUAUGGUGUACUGUGAUAGAGAUAUGAUAUAUCACAGUUCGGUUGAUUGUACAAAUAAGGCGAAGACUGCGGACUUUGUCUACACCCUAAUGGAUAAGGUGGUGGAAUCAGUAGGGGUUGACAAUAUUGUACAAAUUGUAACUGAUAGUGAAGCUAGUAUGAAGGCGGCUGGGAAAAAACUGAUGAGGAAAAGGAAGCACAUUUUUUGGUCUCCAUGCGCAGCGCAUUGCAUUGAUUUGAUGUUAGAAGACAUCGGAGAUAUAUUGUCAGUGAAAGAUACGAUAAAAGAAGCCAGAAGAAUUACAGGAUUUAUAUACAACAGUGAUAAAGUGGUUAAUUUGAUGAAAACAUAUACGAAUGGCCGAGAUCUGUUGCGACCAGGCAUAACAAGAUUUGCAACCGAGUUUGUUGCAAUGGAAAGUCUUCUGAGAUAUGCAACCGAUUUGAAAAGAAUGUGUACUUCUAGAGAAUGGGUUGAGUACAAUAAUACCUCGAGGAGAAGACAUGAAGCCGGAGAUAUAUCAGACUUGAUUUUGAAUGAAAGAUUUUGGAAACGGAUACGCCGAGUCUGUGGGGUCAUGGAACCCUUAGUGAAGGUUUUAAAAGUAGUUGAUCAAGAUAAAAAACCUACACUACCUAUCAUUUAUGAGGCAAUGGAUAGGGCAAAAAUGGCAAUAAAAACCGCGGUGAAAGAUUUUCAACAAUAUUGGGAUAUCAUCGAUGAAAGAUGGUAUAAUCAAUUGCAUCAAGAUUUGCAUGCAGCAGCUUAUUUUUUAAAUCCUGGUCUUCAAUACUCCGGCACUUGUGAAUUUGAUUCAUCGGAGGUUCGAAAAGGAGUAAAAGAAGUUAUCAAAAGACUCGAGCCAGAUUUGGAUAUACAAGUAAAGGCUAUGAAUGAGAUAAACAUAUUUGUUAACAAAAUUGGAGAGUUUGGAAGUGCACUUGCUAUUAGAGCUGUAUCUACAUCUUUACCAGCUGACUGGUGGAAUAUGUACGGUGAUGAAGCUCCUAAUUUAAGAAAAAUUGCAUUAAAAGUUUUGAGUCAAACUUGCACAUCAUCGGGUUGUGAGCGGAAUUGGAGUACGUGGGCUUUGAUCCAUACUAAACUUCGGAAUAGAUUAGCUAUUGAGAAACUGCAUAAGCUAGUCUAUGUCCACUACAACAUGCGUCUUCGGGUAAAAAAUUUUAUGCAAAGGACAGACACAGACGAUUUUUAUGACCCAAUUGAUUUGAAUCAUAUUUUUGAUGAAAAUGAUAUUUUAGAUGAAUGGGUUAGAGAAAAUGAAUCUCCACUUAUUCGUGAUAGUGAUUUGAAUUGGUUGGAUGAGGCUAUUGAAGAAAGUGGAGAUCGAGGUCAAAGUGAGCAUAAUGAUCAUGACAGUGAUAUGCUUUUAUCUCAAUUUAUAGCUGAUGGAAAAAAGAAGGCGAAAGAGAAAAAAUCAGAAAACAAAAAUACGGCCAAGAAAAAAAAAGCAAUCAUAUUGGAAUCUUCAUCUUCAUCGACUAAUGAAGCUCAAAGAGAUUUUCUAAAUAGUUUAACAGAAUUUUCAAGUGAAGCCGAUGCUUCAAAUUUUUCAGAUACUAGGAGAUAUUCUGGAGUUCACGAACAUAUGCAAGACUUGAAUAUAGGUUAUUCCUAUGGAGAUUCUUCUCAUAGCUCGAGUAAUAGAUUGGGGAGACAGGAGUGGGACCAACCAAAUGCAUAUCAUAAUCCCUAUUACUCAGGAUACGGUUUAUCUAAUCUACCCAGACAUCUUCAGGAUUCAGCCAAUCUUCCUAUAUUUGGAUCCAACCAACCAGUUGGAACAUAUUACGGAGGGAUUACAUCUGGUUCGGGUAGUAUUGAUGAUCGUAGACAAAAUUAUGGUUCAUCAAGCAGAAGCAAUGAUAAUAGAGAAUAUCGAGGUUUUGAUGUAUAUGGAAGGGGUUCAUUCAGAGAAAAUCAAUAUGGUUCGAACAUCUCUCCUUAUCCAAGCAAUAUGAAUCCAGAUGAAAAUGAUUUUGAACCUCCACGACAUUCCACAUGGUAUUGA